AUGAUUCUACAGAAACUCCUAACACAGAGAAACGCCCAGAGAAACGUAGUGGAGCAAUACUUAGAGAAAAUCGAGGCGAUCAAAGACGAAGCAAACUUCUCACCUAUAAAGUACAAUGCCGUUCUGGAGUCAUUGGAGGUGAAGUUUCAACAGCUCAAGGUACUUGAUGAGAAAAUUUCAAAUCAGACAGACAUCGAGGAACUCAACGAUGAGACGUUACAGACGGAGAUGUAUUCCUUGGAUCUAUACAUGCAGUUACAGCUAUUGAAAGACUUUGGUAAGCAGAGAGAAGAACAAACAACGAUAACACAAUCAACAUCGACAGAGCAAGGACAGAACACAAAUGCGGUAAUGACAGACAGCCAAACUGUAAGUGAACUUUCUAGAGUUUCCCAUCCGUCCCAGUUUCAUAAACUUCCUAAUCUGGCCCUUCCCACAUUUGAUGGUAGUAUUCUACGCUGGCAGACCUUUUGGGACUCGUUUGAUUCCACAGUCCAUAGUAACCCCAACCUAACUGAUGUACAACGUUUCAGCUAUCUUAAGAACCAAUUAGAAGGCGAGGCUGAACGUACUAUAGAAGGAUUUGCCUUGACCAACGAUAAUUAUAGCAGAGCGGUCAGUCUGUUAAAGGAAAGGUUUGGUCAGGUACAUAAGAUCACCCAUGCUACAAUGCAGGCGUUACUUAGUUUACCAGCACCCGGUAAUGCAUUACCUAGCCUACGAAACUUCCAUGAUAAACUAGAGGCAUAUAUAAGAAGUCUAGAGUCACUUGGUGAAUGUCAGGAAUCAUACGGAAAUUUACUAGUCCCCAUUGUUAUAGAUAAACUCCCCUCCGAGAUAAGACGCAAUAUGACACGUAACCAUGGUAACAAUCGCUGGCAGUUAUGUGAGCUUAGAGAGGCUAUACGUACAGAGCUAGACAUAAUAGAAGCUGGUGAUAGUAUAUCUACAGGACAGCACGGGCUAUAUAGAUAUAGUACAACAGCAUCAUUCUUGACCGAAACCCACGUUAAAACCCACAAACCAGGUAGAUGUCGCAAAUGCAACAAACGUCAUCAUACUAGUAUAUGUAACAAUGGUGUAAUCAGAAAUCAACCACAGACCCGGCCUGAAAUAUCUUCUACAUUAAGACCAGAAGCUGCUGUAUUUCAUUCUACGUCUAGAAAUGUCAACGCAGGUGUUUUGCUAAAAACUGCGACAGCAACAGUAAGUUCCGGAAGUAUAAACGCGGCUGCAAACAUACUGCUAGACGAGGGUGCGCAGAGAUCCUUUAUAACAGAAGAUCUAGCCAAUCAGUUGAAAUUAACACGUCAGCGUCCUGAAACAAUUUCCCUUUCUACAUUUGGUAACCAUGACAACAGACUAAUGCAUCUUGAUACAGCAACCGUGCAUAUUGUAACAGACGAGCGUGAAUUGAUACCAAUCCAUGUACUAAUUGUCCCCAGCAUAGCUACGCCCAUGAGUAACAGAACCAUACAUCAAGUGUCUAAAUACAGUUACCUGAGAGACCUAAAACUAGCCCAUCACAUAACCGGAGAAACGAUAUUCAAUAUAUCUAUACUGAUUGGAGCAGAUUACUACUGGACGAUAGUAGAAGACCAGAUUAUAAGAGGAGAAGGACCGACAGCUGUGAAAUCCAAGCUGGGAUACUUGUUAUCGGGACCAGUAGCAGACGAUAGACAUCGUAACGUGAACCAAUCAGAACACGUGAUGAAUGUUAGUAUAACCUCCCGUGCAGCAGACGAAAUGUCAUUAGAGCGAUUCUGGAAAUUAGAGAGUAUGGGAAUUCUACCAGAGGAUGAAGACACGAAAGAUACCAGCGUGUUACAACAGUACAAGGCUACGUGCAUUGAUAUCGAAGAUGGACAGUAUAUAGCCAAACUACCGUGGAAGCAGGAACACCCUACCCUACCGACGAACUACAACGUCACUCUACGACGUACUGAGAACACCAUACGUAGACUAUCCAAAGAACCCAAAAUGCUGCAGUUCUACAGUAAAAUAAUCUCAGAUCAAGAGAACCGCGGAUUUAUUGAAAAAGUUAGUGACGUCACAGAGACUCAAACCAGGGUUCAUUACAUACCGCAUCAUCCCGUACGUAAAGAAUCAAGUACCACCCCAGUUCGGAUAGUGUAUGAUUGCAGUUGCAAACAGACUAAAGACCAUGCCAGCUUAAACGACUGUCUUGAAUCCACACCGCCAGAUCUUAACGAUAUCACAUCCAUUUUGCUCAGGUUUAGACUACACAGACAUGCAGUGACAGCUGAUAUAGAGAAAGCCUUUUUACAAAUAGGACUCCACAAAGAUGACCGUGAUGUAACUCGUUUCUUCUGGCUCAGCAAUCCAAACGACCCAAACAGCCCUCUUGUGACCUAUAGGUUCAAAUCCGUUCUUUUCGGUGCACGUGCUCGCCUUUCAUACUGA